AUGGUCAAGGACAUGGACUAUCCAGAAAUGGAAAAGAUGGAUUUCUGCGAGGUAAUCGUCGAAAGUAUUAAGGAAGGAGCCAAGAAAUGGCAGAAGCACAGGAUGUUGCCUCAGGAAGAAAAGAACAAAAAGCAUCUCAAUGGUUUGGCACAGGGACCAACAUGGAAAGGAACAACAGAGAGGAUCUUCUAUGCCAGCACAGCAACACCUUCGUAUUCAAUACAGAUGAUAUCAGCACAACAACAGGAGCACCAGCAGACGACCAAACUACUACCACCUCCAACCAAGCGCCAGGACAAAGCACAUGUCAGCACGAGUGGAAGCAAGGAACCCAUCACAGGCACCAGCACAGGAUCAGAUGAAAAAAUCGGAAGGAUAGAAGAAAUGUUGAAACAAGGACACGGCAACAGAACGCCACCGAAACAUAAAGGCCAACAACAGCAUGUCGUCAAGAACACAGAGCAAGAGGAUGGAAGCAAUAGAACAAGCAACCCAACAACAGAUAAUGCUCCCUCAAGAGUGUCAACAGGAGCAGUACAAGAGGCGAACAGGAUCGGAGGCAGCAAAGACGUAUUACAAGCACAUCAAAGGGAAGAGGAUGCCCAUGCAAAACAGAAAGUUGAUACAGAAGAGCUUUUCAGCACAAGAGCAUUCCAGAUGACCGAUACAGGGGAGAAAGCCUCAGACACUCCACCUGGUGACACACCCAAGGCUGCCCGCGCCCGCCUCUCUCUCCCCCUCUCCGCCGCCUCUCCCCGAUCCAGAUCCAACCCAAGCGCCCGUCCUCCGCCGCCGCAGCCACGACGUCGCGGCCUGCUCCUCGUGGUGGCCGCGUCGGUGCUCCGCGCCGCGCAGAGCCCCAUCUCGCAGUCGUCGUCGGCCGGCGCGCCCACCGCGUCCCCGCUCCUCCGCCCCGACGUGGACUCUUGCAACCCUCUCUCCAACCCUAACCCUCUCCCUCCCUCAGAUCUCAAUACGCCGCCGCCCCUAUCCCUACCCCCGCGUAGCCCAACCCAAUCCGCCGCCGUCCUCUACCCAGAUCCCUCCCCGCUCCGGCGAGCCCGCCAUGAACCGUCUGCGGGCGGCAGCGCAGCGGGAGCAGCACGGGCUUCACCUCCCCGGGCCGUGUCUCCCCCUUCCACCAUCGCUCCUCCUCCACCUCCUUCACGGCCUCCCUCCCGGGCAGCAGCCUCGACAGGGACGACCUGGAUCCGGACCCGGCCGCGGCCACCACGGAGGCCCUCGCCAAGGUCGACCUCUCCGACGACCCGGACGCCACCGCCACCGCCAAGUCCGGCUCCAGCAAGCCCCGUCAGGCAGCCAGAGGCGGCGGCUGCGACGUGGGUGAUCGCAAUCAACAAGGAGUUCCCGGGCCCCGUCGUCAACGUCACCACAAACUACAACGUCGCCGUCAACGUCCUCAACAGCCUCGACGAGCCGCUCCUCAUCACCUGGGACGGCAUCCAGCAGCGGAAGAACUGCUGGCAGGACGGUGUGCUGGGCACCAACUGCCCCAUCCCGCCCGGAUGGAACUGGACCUACAACUUCCAGGUCAUGGACGACGCGUGCAAGUCGCUCGACUAUCCAGAAGACCAGACCUGUGCUUUCAGUUCAGUUUCGUCAGAUAUAUCUGCUGCCAUGCUCUUCUAUUUGUAUUCAGUUUGGUCAGACUUGUGGUUCCUGGACGGCCUUGGCUAUCCUAUCUAUCUCAGCUUCAUCAGUUAGGGGCAAUCAAUGUAGUAGUAGUGUAACGUUGAUUUGCAUCUUAUCUUAUCUGUGGGAAAAAUGAUCGAAUCGAAUUGCAGGAGCUAUCUUAAUUAGCUUCAUCUGUUCGGAUCAUGUGUCAAUCAUAUUAGCUGUGAUGCCAUUUUUAUGUUCGUAUUAGCUGCAUCUUAUUUGUGUUUCCCCAGUUUAUGAAUCAUGUUUUCGUUUACGUGCCGUAAGAAGGCUGUAUUUGGUAAUCACCCAAAAUGCCUCUCUUUUUUUAGCUGAUGAAUCGUCCUACAUGCACAGUUUGCUUGAUGUCCGUGUUUAUCCAGAUUCCAGAAUGUUUGAUUGCAACAUUCUAUUGAAGAUUGAAGUAUAGGACCAGCGUACAUGAUUUGGAACCUUUUGGUUUCGAUCAGUUGCUGCUGCUGAUUUAAUGCCUAUGCUCACGCUGCUGUUGAUUAAAUGCUUAUGUUGUUGCUGCAUGCUUAUGCUACUGAUUCAAUGCUUAGGAAUUGAUUGAAUUGAACCUGCUGUAAUCCUUCCUGUUCUACUUGUAUUUAAUUUUUGGGUUUCUAUUUGAUUUUUUAGUCUGUUAUAUACGGUUCAUCUUCAGUUUCUUCUGUAACUUGCUUGGAGCUUAGAAUACACAGCCCAACUAGUCUCAUAUACAACUAAGACCAAUGAUUCAUGCUGAAUUCUGUAUAUAUAUGUAUGUGUUGGAUUGGAGAACCACUCGAGGAGGGAGGGAGGAAGCACGGAAGGUCACCAUGGACCUCGCCCAACUCCCACCCAUCUUCCUGCCUGCAGCUGUAGGCCAAAUAAAGGAUGUUGUUCUCGGUGGAGUUGCGCUUGAGGAUGAGCAGAGAGAGAAAUUUAAUCAAAUCCAAUAGCUUCACUCGUGUCUGCCACUGCUCAUUGUCGUGUUGACAGAGCGUUCACCCGAUGGCGGAAUACCACGCCGCAGUGUGGGCAGUCGGCGGUUGCGCUAUAUACGUGAGUGACAAACCCGAAAACCAUGACUUCGAUCUGCUGAGGAAGCUUGUGUUUCCUGACGGAUCAAUCCUGCGAGCCAAACUGCCCGGGAGACAAACUACACUACCGUUGUCGCGGAAAUUCCGUGCGAUGGAAGCUUCUAGAGCCUGCUGGUACUUCCUAGCCAGAAGCCCCACGAGCUCGACGUCCAGCCCUACAACCACCACCCCACGCACAAGCAGGUGCUCUGCUCUUGCUCACGUCUAGCACCGUCUCCGGCGUGGUGGUGCUUCUUGAGGCGACCGGCGUGACGGCGGCGAUCACAAGCUCUCUGCUAUGAGUAGACGUCAACGAUGCCUACUUGCUUGGCUGCUAAAGUGAUGCAUGCGCCGGUCAAGCAAGCACACAUGCAUAUACGUACAUGUUAGGAUAGUAGCAGAUGUGCCAUAAUUCCUGUGUAAGGAAAUGUAUUCCUGAGAUGAUUUUGUUAUGUUAUCUAAACCCGGGAGAUGUCUUAUGUGAUGUGAUAUGAUGGAUGAUCUGAAUUCGACAUUGAGUUUUCCUGAUUUGAAUA